AUGUCGGCGCUUUCGUUCCUCUACUCUCAGCUCUUCGUCGAGCCGCCAGUUCCCACGCAUGACUUCCAAGGCCAAACUGUUAUCAUCACUGGAUCUAACAGGGGCAUCGGUUUUGAGGCUGCCCGUCAUUUGUUGAGAUUGAAUGUGAGUCGACUCAUAUUAGCUGCACGGUCAGCUGAGAAAGGCCAGAUAGCCGCGGAUACACUCGAACAGUUGACGGGGCGAUCUGGAGUCAUCCAAGUCGAGGAACUGGAUAUGGCCAAUCAAGAGUCAGUGCAGGAAUUUGCUACCCGAAUGGAAAUGUGUCGAAUAGACGCCGUUCUGCUAAAUGCAGGUAUCUACACCCAUGACUUUGUUUGGGCCGACAAUCAUGAAAGCACGUUGACCGUGAACGUGAUUAAUACGUUUUUGCUGGCUAUACUGCUUCUUCCAGCACUCAGACGCUCAUCCAAAACAUGGGUGAUUCAGCCCUGCAUCAGUUUCGUGGCAUCCGACAGGCACGUAAUGUAUGAUCUCCCAGAGUGGAAAACACAAAACACCUUCCAAGUUUUGAAUGAUCGACAGCAAGCCAGGAUGCAUGAAAGGUAUCCCAUCUCCAAAUUGUUGGAGAUACUACUUGCGAGGGCGAUGGCAAAACAACUUGAUUCAAACCCUCCUAACGGCACCAGCAAUAUAAUUGUCAAUUCAUUCACACCUGGCUACUGCACUUCUGGUCUCAUCGAGAAUGUGCACGGGAUCACAGGGUUCGCGCUCUGGCUUCUGAGCAAGGCCACCGCUCGGACGACAGAAGUUGGAGGUCGCACAUUGGUCGCAGCUAUUGCGCAAGGGGACAAAAGUCAUGGAAAGUACCUAAAUGACGGCCAUAUUGAUGAAUCAGCAUUGUCUCCAUUCGUAAGAAGUCAAGAAGGCAUAUUGGCGAUGGAGAAGCUAUGGGAAGAACUGAUGGAAAUUUUAGAGCAGAAGCGACCUGGAAUUGGUCUACUCCUCAGUCCUGUACCAUAA